UGUGUAUUCACUACUUCCGAGUUGAUUUGAACGAGGAGUAAAUUCAUCCCGGUGGCGUUUUGGAAAGGAAACGUCACCGUGGUCUACCUAACUACUUCCUGUUGACCGGCGAGCAGAUUGAUGACGUCGGCAGCACUUCCGCUCCUUCUGCUUCGACACGCUGUAGCCGCACGAGCGCCGAACGUCGCCUUCGUUAAGUGUUGACAAUUCAUUCUUUACCGGGAUUUUACCGCGACACCAUGGAGCCCUGAGCUCGGGAAUAAGAUGCGUGAAGCCUGUGUUUGCCUGGAAGACCGGAGAGAUCCUGUAGUGGAAGCGAGCUAACCCACACAUGGCCUGCGAGUCGGCUUUCUCCGCCAUCAUGGACGAGCAGGCCCUCAUGGGACUGAACCCCAACGCUGACGCCUGCUACCGACAGAGAGCUCUGGCGUAUUUCGAGCAGCUGAAGGAAUCUCAGGACGGAUGGGAGGUGUGCGCUGAAGCGUUGGCCAAAGGCAUCUACAGUGACGACCACGUGAAGUUCUUCUGUUUUCAAGUGCUGGAGCAUCAGAUCAAAUACAGGCAUGUGAGACUCACUGGACCCCAGCAGCAGCUUAUUAGAGAGACUUUGAUGAAAUGGCUGCAGUUGCAGCUGAUGAGCGCACAUCCCGAGAAGCCGUUCAUCAAGAACAAGGCGGCGCAGGUGUUUGCGCUCACCUUCGUCAUGGAGUACCUGACGCUGUGGCCCAAGUUCUUCUUCGACGUGCUCUCGCUGGUGGGUCUGAACCCGCACGGCCUGGACAUCUAUCUCCGCACGCUCAUGGCCAUUGACGCCGAGGUGGUGGACCGGGACAUCUUGCACACCCCCGAGGAGACGCGCAGGAACACCCUGAUCAAGGACCGCAUGAGAGAGACGUGCAUCCCAGCGCUGGUCGAGUCGUGGUACCAGAUCCUGCAGACGUAUCAGCGCAGUCACAGCGAGCUCACAUGCCAGUGCCUGGAGGUAGUCGGCGCGUACGUGUCCUGGAUCGACCUCAACCUCAUCGCCAAUGACAGGUUUGUGAAUCUGUUAUUGAGUCACAUGUCCGUGGAGGAGCUGAGAGAGGAGGCGUGCGAUUGUCUGUUUGAGAUCGUCAAUAAGGGCAUGGACCCGGUGGACAAAACCAAACUGGUGGAGUCUCUGUCACGAGUGCUGCGAAAUGCCGGCUUCUUCAGCGUGAAGCAGGAGGAGGACGUGGACUUCCUGGCUAAGUUCUCGCGCCUGGUAAACGGAAUGGGUCAGGCUCUGGUGCUAAGCUGGACCAGACUCACCAAAGCAGCAGACAUGAAGGUGGCAGCAGAAACCCUGCAGGCUCUGGAGGCCAAGAUCCCACUGAUGCUGCAGCUGCUCAUGCAUGAGGAUGACGACAUUUCGGCGAAUAUAGUGGGCUUCUGUUACGACUACUUGCACGUGCUCAAACAGCUUCCUGUUCUUACUGAUCAGCAGAAGAGUAACAUCGAGGCCGUCAUGCUGGCGGUUAUGAAGAAACUGACCUACGACGACGAGUACAACUUCGAAAACGAGGGCGAAGACGAGGCGAUGUUUGUGGAGUACAGGAAGCAGCUGAAGAUGCUGCUGGACCGCCUGGCUCACGUCUCUCCUGAACUCUUACUGGAGUCCGUGCAUAGAGUCUUCACCAGUACUAUGCAGAGCUGGCAAACGGCCCGGUUCAUGGAGGUGGAGGUGGCGAUCCGCUUGUUUUACAUGUUGGGAGAAGCCCUGCCUGCGUCCCACGGGGCUCAUUUCAGCGGCGACACCACGAAAGCCAGCACUCUGCAGGACAUGAUGAGGACGCUCCUCUCUAGUGGCGUAAGCGAGUACCAGCACACCUCCGUCACACUGGAGUUCUUCGAGACCGUGGUUCGCUAUGACAAAUUCUUCAUCGUGGAGCCUCAGCACAUUCCAGUCGUCCUGAUGGCGUUUCUGGAUCAUCGUGGUCUGAGGCACAGCAGUCCGAAGGUGCGCAGCAGAGUGGCGUACCUUUUCUCCAGGUUCAUCAAAACGCUACAUAAACACAUGAAUGCCUAUAUCGAAGACAUCCUGAGCCGAAUACAGGACCUUCUGGCAUUAACUCCUCCUGAAAACGGUUUCCCCGCCCUCCUGAGCAGCGACGAUCAGCUGUUCAUGUUCGAGACAGCCGGCAUCCUGAUUGUGAACGGCGAGAGCCCGGCUGACAGGAAGCAGGUGCUCAUGCGCAGUCUGCUCACGCCGCUCAUGGAGGCCUUCCGCCCACUGCUGGCCAAACUGGCGCAGGAGAGCGACGAAGAGAGGCAGACCGCACUCGCCGACUGCCUCGGGCACGCCGUGGGCUUUGCCAGCCGCACCAGCAAGGCGUUCAGUAAUAAGCAGACAGUGAGGCUGUGCGGCUGCUCCGGGGUCUAUCUGGACUGCCUGCAGACGUUCCUGCCUGCGCUCAGCUGUCCUGUCCAACGGGCCACGUUACGCAGCGCCGUACGCUCCUUCCUCCACCGCAUGAUCAUCUGCCUGGAGGAGGAGGUCCUGCCGUUCAUCCCCAGCGCCAGCGAGCACAUGCUGAAGGACUGUGAGCCCAAAGACCUGCAGGAGUUCAUCCCCCUCAUCAGCCAGAUCACAGCCAAGUUUAAGAGUCAGGUUUCUCCGUUCCUGCAGCAGGUCUUCAUGCCGUUGGUUCUGGCCAUUUUCGAAGUGUUAUCUCGGCCGGCAGAAGAGAACGAUCAGACCGCAGCGCUGGAGAAACAGAUGCUGAGGAGAAGCUACUUCAGCUUCAUCCAGACCAUUGCCAGUAGCGGUAUGAACGAGGUCAUGGCCAACCAGGGUGCUGAAAAUAUAGAGCGUGUGUUGUUUACCAUAAUUCAGGGAGCGGUGGACUUCCCUGACCCUGUCGCCCAGAAGACCUGUUUCAUAAUUCUCUCCAGACUAGUGGAGCUCUGGGGAGGUAAAGACGGUUUAGUCGGGUUUCCAGACUUCAUUUACAAACACAUUCUCCCGGCAUGCUUCCUGGCUCCUCUCAAACCCACCUUCGACCUGUCCGACGCCCAGACCGUCCUGACCUUGUCCGAGUGCACGCUGACGCUGAAAAUGAUUCAUCUCAAGAGGGGCCCGGAGUUUAUUCAGUUCCUGCAGCAGGAGUACCUGCCCUCUCUGAACGUCUCGCCUGAGAUCACGCAGGAACUCUGUCAAGUGCUUCAGCAGCCUGACACUAAGGUUCUGAAGAACUACAUGAAGGCCUUCUUUCAGCAAGCAAAGCUGUAAAAACCCAGACGAGUUCCAGAGUGUACGACGAAAGGACAGAGCUUAGUAUAGAAGCUGCUUUUUGCACUUAAAGGGGAGAAGCUUAACCGGGGCCGUCUCCGCUCCGGAGGGGAAACGUGGUGCCGAUUUUACCGGACUCUGGUGAGGACGCGCUCGUGCCGAACCAAUCAGAGUCAUCGUACUCACCACCACGGGGACGGACGUCUGUGAUUGGACCACCGGACACGGCGGAGAGCAUAAGAGUAGGCCGCAGGAUGGGAUUUCGAAGAGACGAAUUUUGUUUUUGAACAUGUGGGGGGGAAAUAUAUAUAUGUAUAUAUAUAUAGGCGCUUUAAAAAAUAUGAACUAUGAUUACAGUAAUAUUUUGUAUUCGUGAGCACGCUUUCCGUGGUUUAACAAAUACGUAGAGAUUUAAAAAAAAAACCAAACCUGUAGAGCAUUUAAAGAGUGGAUUUAUGUUUGAGCGGUCGAAACGAGGCUUCUGUGAUGAGUUUGCAGGAAAGCCGAGCCGUGCCGAGAUCUUAUUUAAUGAAUCAGAUUUUUUUUUUUUAAUGUUCUGAAAUAGGAGCGUUUAGUUUUUAUUUUGAAGUGACUGCGAAUAUGAAAGUGCUCUUCUCCUAGAUAUGAAACAUUCUGAUGUGCUCAGUUAAAUAUUUGGAUUUGUUUUUGCCCCCCCCCGCCCCCCCAUCAUAUUAAAAGCAGAGUAACCCAUAUAAAUUGUACAGUGCAUCACUGAUCUGCGUUAAUGCGGUCGCUUGGCGUUGAACCUGAAUGCAGAAACACUGUCGAACAGCGUGCGGAGGUGAAUUCACCGAUGCCUGUAAUAUCGCGCCGUUUCUCAUCAUCCAGGACGAGUAUUUUCCUUUCUAUCGUCCAAAAAACAAAUAUUUAUACACGCCUGUUCCAGACCUACCAGCUUUUACGGGUAACCCUUCAGUCUUCAGCGCUCCAGCGGAGACACGAGUUCGCCCUGCAUCAGGAGCGGACGUUAACGAGGGUGUGUUAGAAACUUUACUGGAACAUGAAGGGGACGCUGAGCUGAUGUGAAUUAAUGCAAAUGUUCACACACACACAACAACGUUAAAGAGCUUUACCAUGUCAUUUCCGUGAGGGGAAGCAGUGUGAGCGAGUGUGUGACUCGGGGGGAGAGAGAGAGAGAGACGAAGCGGACACACGAUACAUCGAUGUUAAAAAUACAAAAUGAGAGUGAGUUCUUUUUAAGCGAAACAAUCUGAUGAAUGUAAGAGAUCAUAAUCAGGCUUGUGAUAAAUUUAUAAUCAAUUUCACUACACCUUGAUUUUUGAUUUGAAUUUUUUUUAAGUCGGAUCACUGCAGUGGAGUUUGUUCUCACGGCUUUUGUUCUGAUCUGUAAGUUAAAUAAUUCGACCGUAGUUUAUUUUUCCCCCCAGUUUCUGAUCACAUGACCUAAAUCUGACCUACAAUCACAAAUCUUGUGUACAGAGGCGUUCCCGUUCGGCACGGAGCCUGGUGCUGAUGACAGUGUGUGUGUGUGUGUGUGUGUGUGUGUGUGUGUGUGUGUGUGUGUGUGUGUGUGAAACCUCAGGGUGUGUUAAAUACUGUAUACCUGCUGAUCAGUACAAAUCAGUCGUCUCAAAAGGAGACAUUACGUUUUGAACCUUCCCAGGUUACAGUUAGGAUUCAGCCGGAGGCUGUUGCCGUGCCAUCUGCAAAUGCUGCUUAAAGCUCUAUCAUGCAAAGAAGAAGCCGUAUGUGAACGGGUUUUGGAGGGUCUUAGGGCAAACAGUGAGACAAAGAACUAAUUUUCACAUAAUGGUGGAGAAUGGCACACGUUCAGUCGGUGCUUGGCCCCCUAAUACCGACGCUUUAGAGCCUCCAGAGAAAGUAGCCAGUGUAAAGGGAAUUACUGAUCUGACCACAUGGCCUCCACAAUUCUCCAUAUUUAAAUAUUUUAUAUUCAAAUAUUUUAUUUGUCUUUCCCUCUGUGUCUUCAUGAUUUCCUUUAUGGAUUGAUGAUCUCUGUGUGCUAUUUAAAUGAUUAAGUAGUGAGAAUAAAAACACAGGAUAACAUGGAACAAAUAAUCAGGUUUGGCGUUGUCAUGGAAAUUAGACAACACUCGCAGACUCGUCCUCUGAAGGUAAAAAGGUUUAUUACAGAAAGAUGGUUAAUACAGGAUAGAAUAAAGCAGGAUAGAAUAAUGAGAGCGCUCUGAGGUGCUUGUGCUGAACCGCUACUAUAUAUAUGAAACGCAGAGCAUGACACACUUCUGUGUACCGAUAAGAAGCGGUCUGAGACAGUUCAAACAGGCUUUGUUUUAGGGGUCUCUAGAAGAUGUGCAGACGAACCUUGAACAGAAGAACAUGUUUGUGUCUCUGUAAGCAGAUAAACAUUCUGUGCUGAUCUCAGUGACAUAACAUGGCCUUCUUAGGCGUUAUCCUCAGAUGAACAUGAACAAAAUUAUUACAAAGUAAAAAUGAGUCAUUUCCCCUCACAGCGUCCAAUCAGGGUUUACCUCAUUAACAUAUUCUUUCAAUUCGCAGUGUUUUAUUACUGAAUACGUUGCUCCUGACUCUACCAAAAAUGUGACACUUUGCCUGUUAACUACAAGAGAUAUACAUGGUAACUGUGUAAUAGGGGAGGCAUUAUACAUUAAAAGGUUAAGGGUCAUGAC